AUGUCUUUGCUGCAAUGCCCAGUAGAAUCUCAAGGCCGACCCAAGUUUUUCAACGUGAUGGAAUACGGUGCAAUUGCAGAUGGAACCACAGACAGCAGUGAGGCAUUUCUGAAGGCAUGGAAGGAAGCAUGUGAAUGGAAAGGAAGGGCAACAUUUGUUGUCCCACUGGGAAAAAUAUUCAUGGUGAACUCGAUAAUGUUUGAGGGUUCUUGCAAAGGGCAGAUGGUGUUUUUGAUCAGAGGGAUUCUCAAGGCUCCAACAGAUCCAUCCAAGUUCUUAACUGAGAAUUGGAUUAAUUUCAGAUAUGUAGAUAAUUUGACAGUGAGUGGUGACGGCACCUUGGACGGCCAAGGAAAGGUGGCUUGGCCUUACAAUGACUGCCGCAAGAAUCCUCAUUGUCCAGCUCUUCCUGUUACAAUGAGAUUCGAUUUCGUCAGGAACGCACGCGUUCAUCACUUAAGAUCCAUUGACAGCAAGGGCGCCCAUUUUAUCAUAUUCGGAUGUCAGGACAUGAACAUCAGUAAUAUCAACAUUUCAGCCCCCGGUGACAGCCCCAACACCGACGGGAUAAAGAUUGGAAGCUCACAGCGCAUCGGAAUCGCACAUUCGAAUAUCGCUACCGGCGAUGACUGCAUAGCCAUGCUGCCCGGAACCAGAGAGGUCAAUAUUUCCGAUGUUGUUUGUGGACCUGGGCAUGGAAUAAGCAUUGGGAGCCUCGGAAAAUCCGGGGAUGAAGAUGUUUUGUCGGGUAUUGUCGUAAAAAACUGCACCAUCCGGGGUACUUCAGAUGGAGUGAGAAUCAAAACAUGGGCUUAUCCAAUGCUCAAGGACACCGAGGCUUCUAAUUUUGUAUAUGAAGAUAUUUUCAUGGAUAAUGUCAGCAAUCCCAUCAUUAUUGAUCAACAAUAUUGCCCUGUCCCUCCUUGCAAGUUUGUGCCCUCUCGUGUGCAAAUCAGCAAUGUCACGUACAAAAACAUCUGGGGAAGCUCUGGAUCGAAAGUCGCAGUUACUCUCAGAUGUAGCUGGAAGAGACCAUGCAAUAACGUAGUGCUGGAAGACAUCGAUCUGUCUUACGGGAGCGGCUAUGAUGGAAAUGCAACUGCGUUGUGUUCUCACGUCAAUGGACAUGCCCUUGGCAAACAAAACCCUCCAUCUUGCCUACAGUCUAAUUGGCCUCCUCCCUUUUCGAGCAAGUUUUUAGGUUAA